CAUUAUUUUUAUGCAGUGAAAAGAGUUUUAAAAAACAUUGGGCGAAAAAAAAAGCUUUUGCACAAUCUUCCCUCUGAUCUGUCCACUACGGCAGGUUGUUUCAGUUGGGUUUUUGAAAAAGGAGGUAUAAAUGAGACAAAGACAAAGGCACAUCGCACUUUUAAGAUUUUAUUUGUCAAAAAAUCUAAAAUGUUCUAUGCACAUGCAUAACUUUCCUUCCAUUUCACAGUUAUACACUACUGAGGGUUCGUCUACCAUAGAAAAAAAAACAAACAAUAAAAUACACAGAUGUGAUUCCAACUUGACUAUACAGGAAUAAGUUUGAAGCGACUGAACAAGAGAUAUUUUCGGAAGCACAUGGAGAACAAUUUCCCUCAGAGAACAUCAGGUUCUGGUUGGUGGACUCAGGAAUUUACCAGCGGCGCAUGUAUGCUGGGCAGAAGGCGGAAAAAGGGAGGGAAAAAGAAAACAAGAAACGAGAAGUGAAAGAAGGAGUAGCGGAGAGGAGCCGGGCCCCGUCGGUGUUGUUCUUAAUAUCUCCUCCUUCACGGCCAUGUUGUGGGGAAUGCACGACCCUGAGGCCACAAACGCUGUGCAAAGACGUGAUCUUGCAAGUUCAAACCCAGCUGCCUCCCCUCGACCCAAAACACCCACCCACCCCACAGCUACUGACUCACACACACACUUACACACACACUAACACACACACACACACACUGCAGUGCAAAAGCUUCCUUCCUGUUGCUGGUUUAGCCCAGUUUAGAAGCGUGAUAAGAGCGAAAGAAUUAAGAUAUGUAAAACAGAGAGACUUGAGCUCAGAUACCGAUGCCGUCUUCUUUAUCCACUCGAGGCAAAGUUCAGUCAGACCACAGGACAGUUCACCGCCCACCACCCCUCCACUUCCUCAUCAAGAAUCGAAGCAGAGCAACAUGAGUUUCCUGUGACGCCACUCUGUCUCUGGUCAAUUAGUGUAGCUGUUCGCAUCACUCCUCCACAAGAAAGGCUCCUGAACGCAUCUGCAGCUCAGCGGAGAGUUCCUCCGCAGGAAAGAUCCAGCAACACCUUUCUGCUGGUUCGGAUCCUCCUCGCCGGAGGGGCCUGUGAUGUUGUUUUCAUGACGUUGGAGUUGCUUCGGGACACGCAGCCAUGCUUCAGCAGCCGGAGCUCAUCUUUGACUUUGCCAGUGACCACUUCAGCUCAUCACAGAUGGGGAUGUUUUCAGAUUACCCUGCAGUGGUGGUGGAGGAGGUCCCCCAUCAACACCUGCUGACAUACACCGGUCUGAUGGGUGAACAAUCACAGACAGAGGAUCACCACGAGCUGCUUAAAGUGGAGCCAUGUGAGAGCGGCGAGGAGGAGACCAUGGAGACGCUUGUUGCUGCUGACUCGCUCCUUGACAUGGACUGCGUUGACACGCUCUCGCUGGAGCAGCACUACUCCCAGGCUUUCCUCCCGUCACUGAGCGAUGUCAUCACUGCUCCCGUUACCCAGGUAACCGUGUCCGCCGAGGGCGUUGUGGGAGCCGUUGACCAGUCGCAGUGGCACUCGUUGCACAAAGAGAGGCCUGCGGCGCAGCUGCAGUCUAGAAAGAGGAGUAAGAAACCUCGACAUCGGAGAGCAGAGUCUCCUACACCGGAUAUCAAAGUAAAGAAGGACAAAUAUAACAAAGGAGGGAACACCCUCUACCUGUGGCAGUUUCUGAUGGAGCUGCUGCAGGACAGACAAGUCUGUCCUCGCUACAUCAAAUGGACCGAUCCGCAGGCGGGCAUCUUCAAGCUGGUCAACUCCAAAGCCGUGGCCAGGCUGUGGGGCAAACACAAGAACAAACCAGACAUGAACUAUGAGACCAUGGGAAGAGCACUCAGGUACUACUACCAGCGUGGCAUCCUGAACAAGGUGGAGGGCCAGCGCCUCGUUUACCAGUUCACCUCUCUUCCCGUGAACAUGGUGUACAUCACGGACGGAGAUUGCGGCAAAGAGGAAGAGGACGACGAUAUUGACAAAAGCGGAAACGACGAGGGGCUGAGCGACGGUACCAUCUCCAGCGACCAGUCUGCGGAGGACGAAGAAGCGGACGAGGGGGAGGAAGAAGAGGACGAGGAAGACUUCCAGCCGCCGCUGAAGAAAACCUCGUUGGUCUCUCCGCGAGCCGCGGCGGCGCAGCGGCCCAGACCUACUGCCAAGCAGCCGGCUCAGCGCGACACCGUCCUGCGGCCCGCCAGCGCCAGCCUGAUCCAGGAGCAGCACCUGCCCAUUGUGUCGGCCGAGAUGCUGAGAACGCUGCAGAACCUGCAGAAGGUCCGAUCGCUGCAGCCGGCCGGGCAAGCGUCUGUCUUCAAGACAGCCCAGCUGCUGGGGAGCCUGUGCGAGAGGCAGGCUGCGUCCGAGACGGCGACGGACGCUGGCAAAGGGGCACAACACAAGUCGCAUGCAGAACGCCGGAACGCCCUGUAUUUGGUGCCUCCCACAACCUCCGACCAAUAAACACAUCCAGCCUCCGCUUCGUACCAAACACGUUCACUCCACUGACUCAGGAACUCUUCCACAGCUGUACUUUGCUGCAUCGACGUCUGAACGCCAGGUAAAGCUGUCGAUCAUUUAAACGAGGCACCAAUUAGACGACUCGCCGCGUCUUUAUUCAGGCGACAAUCACGGCAAACCAAAACCAACUCAAUUGUCCCUUAGAAGACGUUACACCCUGUUGUAUUUUCUAUCAACAAGCUACUCAAGAAACCAAAAACAGACAUGCACUGGAACCCACAGCCUCUCUGCACCUUCUGCAGAUCCUUUUUGCUUGCACUUCCACUUCAGGCUUUCCUGGAGUCAUUUAUCAUGCCAUCACUUCUUCGUCAACCUUUUUAUUUUUAAUUUAAUGUACAAUCACACGCUGAAUCAUUCCUUUGCCUUCAAAGCGUCUUGUUUGCACUAUGAUCUUCACUCUGCUGUACAUUUUCUUCUCUAAGUGCCUAAAAGUCUCGAUCCUGGCCCUGCUUUCUCUCUGUCUUUUGCUGAUAAUCAUGAGAAUUGUGAGGGAAAAACAUUCCAUAUUAUUAUUAUUAAGAGUACUGUUGUUGUUUUUUUUAAAGAUAUGUUUGUAUUGUGAUAUGUUAAAAUAAGGGAUGGCUUUUUGCUGCUGUUAAAUGUUUGGCCUUUCUUUUCUUGACAAUCACAAGUGAAGUGCUUCUUAUAAAUUUCCAUUGUAACUGUAAGCUCUUUCUGUUUGGACACUGUGCAUAUAUAAGCCUCGGAUGUUAUAUACUGUAAGUUUGAAUGUGCUCCUGCUCUGUUGCCAUCCCCCCCCCAGUCUCCCAUCAGGUUCAUUUAUUUUUCUACUCUACAGAGACCGUGUACUCCAUGUAAGGAGCGUAAUGGCCGACUGUUAAUAAUGAAGUAAUUAGUCAAGCGUUUCCUCCUGCCCCGGCCUUAAUGGAGCCUCGCGUAGCCAGCUCGCAACGUUCACCUCACUCCACAGGAGUGAGGCUGCCGUUUCGUCAGGCUAAACUUAGUUAGGAGAUGCUUACUCAGUGACUGUGCCUUUUGCCUGUAGGGAGCCGCUAUGCAAAACUGCUUCUCACUUUAUUAAGCCAUUUGUCUCAGAUUCCCCCUCACCUCCGCUACCCGGGUGUCUCCUGAUGCUGUUUGUUCAGCGUAGGGCGAGCUUUAGCCGGAGGAUGAAGGAGGAUGUCUGUUGCCUUAUUUCUUUUACGCGUUUUCCUUUUUGUCCAGAGAUGGUGAAUGGAAUAAAGGAAUAUAGGUGUGAAAUUUG